AUGUUCUCCUUCCUCAUGGUAUUUGUAAAAAUUGAAAUGAAUAAAUCGUGUGCAGGGGUAUCUCUGAAGAUGAUGGAAUGCUAUGUCGUUUUGAACACGGCCAGACUGCUCUCUAUCGUUCCAUUCGAAGGAUACUUGCCUUAUGACAAAAGUGGGGAUUGGCUUUACCAACUGGUGGAAGCUAUUUCGCUAUUCAUUAAUUGCUGCAUUGUGUACCUGUGCAGGUAUAAAUACAAAAGCAGCUACGACAGCACGAACGAUAUUUUUAACAACCUCUUUUUAAUCAUCCCCGCCUUUGUCAUCGCCAUUUUUGUGCACCCCUCGCUGAACUCCUUUCUCCCGGCCGAUGUAGCCUGGUCCUUUGCCCUGUACCUGGAGUCCGUGUGCGUGCUACCGCAGCUGUCCAUGUUUCAGAAGGAGGGCAAAGUCGCAGCUUUUACCACCCACUUCUUGGCCUCACAAGCCUUUUCAAAGGUUUUGUCUUUCCUCUUUUGGAUAGUGUCACAUAGAGAAUUGAAUUCCUCGGACAACAUCAUCAAGUCGUACGUCGGCGUAUGGGUCGUAAUCAUGCAAAUCGUCCAGCUGGUGCUCAUGGGAGAUUUUAUAUAUCACUACGUUCGAUGCCUGAGCAAGGGAGUCUCCUUUGACAACCUGUUAAAUGAAAAUGUGUGA